GUAAGGGAACGGUGCUGAGCGCUCGCUCCCGCUCAGUCCACUCGCGGCACCGCACGAGAGCCGGCGGAGUUGCUCCUCCCGUCCCCGUCCCCGUCCUCGCGCCGACCCCGAGGACCUUCCGUCUCCGCACCUCAUACCCCAAGACAAAUCAAGGCUGGAUUUGUGUGGCCACUCCUCUGAAACGGAAGCACCUCAACAGCCGUCAUCACACUGCCACCCAAAAGGGCUCAUCCGUCUUCCAGCUGACCUCCUGGACACCGGUUAAGGGAUCCCCAAGGAAAAAGCCAUUUACCUAGAGAUGGACUGCACUGCUGCUGUCCUGUUCCUGAUGCUCCUCAGCAAAGUGAGCUCAGAAUCCAUCACAUGUGAGCCGAAGGAAGUAUCAGAAGACGCCCAGAAAGAACUUAUCCGUGUGGAACCAGGAGUGUCCCCUGGCUGCUGGAGCAAAUUCUCUCUCGAUGGCUUUGAGGUGCACAUCUUGGACCUGGUGUUCAGCAUCACAGACAGGUUUUCAAUUUUGUCGCUCAAUUUCUCUGCAGCUCAUCCAGCCCACUUAAUUCUUAACAUCCAGAGCCAAACAUCACUUUUUAUUAGUGUUCAUCACCACGAAAACAUCAAGUUUUAUGUCACAAACGCAACAAAAAUUGUCAACAAGGCUCACUUUCAAUCUGAAGAAGUGAAUACUAAUGAUAUUUUGAAGUGGACCAGAGAGAAGUUUGGAGGGCUGACAUCUUUUACUACAGCUCAAGACAUAUCGCACAUUACUUUCACUGGAAAUCAAGCAGUGACAAAUUUGACAGACUGUAGUCCAGAAAAGAGAUUUUACCCAAAGGAAUAUCUCUUGGCAAUGAAAUUUAUUCGCCCACCUUUCAAGUUCUGUUCUGCUGGACAUAAAUCGUCUCAAAAGGAACUGCACAUUGUCAACAUCCCAGAUGCAGUUAAAGUCGCGGAAAUUUCCGUUAACGUAAUUUCGCCCAGUCCAGCCAUAUUAUUUCUGAGAGGACCAGAGGGGACAGUGUGGAAUAUUGAGAAAGCAGGCCAUGUCUCACUAUUUACAAACAACCAUUUGUUCAUGGAACAGUUCUCAAUGAUGAUCAACCCUACGAUUUUCAAUGUGACGGACGGGGAGAAGGACGUCCAGAACACUGCGCUGCAAAAAUCGGGCUACAUUUUCGUCUCCAGCUACACAGAAAUUAAGACAAACAUGUCAGCAAUUAGACUGGUGAUUGGGAAGGAAUCCGAUCAAAGUUUAACCAUGGAAACUACGUCAUUGCCAGAAAGUGUAAGUGAUGACACAGUGUUGUUGGAGCUGUAUGAUUCUCAAGACUACAUUACUCACAUUGACACCACUACCAAGAUCCAGAGCGAGAAGAGGAUCUAUGCAAAGGUCUCCAGCAAGACGAAUGGUGAUAUUCUCCAGUCUAUUAGAGUGAUGAAAUGUUCAGUGCGUUCCAAAGGCUCCUGUUCCAUGGUGUUGGACAUGCCCUUUCAGUUAGUCUACUGUCCCCCGAAGGUCUGUCAAGGUAGCACGCGGUUCAGCUUCUCCUUCCACCAGGUUCAGGAGCAGCCCUCUACUAGCUGGGACCUCGAGUGCACUGUCCAGUUUUGUGCCUUGCACAACAUUGAUGCGAGAUGUGAAGACGAGAGUACAGUGAAGGGAAGCCUCGAAGUCGUCAAAUCUAAUUUAGCAUUUAAGCCGUGCAUCAACUUUGACCUCUCGGCUGUCCUCGGCAUCGCUUUUGGGGGGUUUUUGAUAGGGGUUCUGCUUAUGGGAGCUCUGUGGUUUAUCAAGAUUCACACAGGAGCAGGUGCCGCUGUGACAGCUUGUCGCAUCGCAGGAUGUCCUGGUUCUCUGGACACCAAGCAGCAGCCCGUUUCUGGCAAUGGCAUGCCCUCUCAGGAUAGCAGUGCCAACCCCAGCAUCGGCAGCACCCAGAGCACACCCACCAGCAGCAUGGCAUGAAGACCGGGGAGAGUGCACAUGCUUGUGUGAUGCACACUCAGCUGGACAACCGUAGCCAGGAUCUGAACAACGAAUCAUACCAAGGACCCAGAAAAGUGUGCACACUCUUUAUUGUGCUUCCAGAACGCCGUAGCUGAGAAACUGGCAGUGCGAGAACUUUAUGGCUAAAGGAUGCAAAGGGUGCGCAUGCCUUUCCUUCUCCAGAAUAAAAAGAAAGGCAAUGACAGCAACAUCCAGGGAGCAAGAUUUUAUAACUGUUUUGUUGUAGCUGGUGCUUUAUUUUUACUUUUUGGCAAAACGUGCUGCUUGUCAUGUACACACUCUUCUGUGGUUCAGAUGGUGGGUUCAGUCAUAAACUCACCUCUGCAGCACACAAAGCUUAAAUAUCUGAACUUCCCAGCCCAGGAAAAACAAGGUAUGGCCACAUUGCCUAACAGGAAAUUCACAGCAUUCUUUACAAUAAAAUGUGUCACACAGAUGGCUGUGUACUUACAUAUUGUAAGUAAUGAAGAUUUUUCAGUCUUUUUUUCUCCUUCUCCCCAUCUCAUAUAGUUUCAACUUUCAUAUAACUGAAGGACAAAGGAAUAUGUUUAUUCUUUAUUUAACAUACACCAAAUGUAGCAAAAAAAGGAUGAGGUGUCUAUAUCUAUAUAAAGUCUAAGGUUUCCUCAAGAAGCCUUGAAGGCAUCAGUAGUUCCGUCACUUUCAGACUUUAGCUCCGCCAAGAAGACCAAGUUAUAGGCUACGCGUGGUGGAGUCAUCCAUCAGACAUGAUUCAUAUCUGUGAUACAUUGAUUAAGCACUGAAAACCAGAAAUGUAACUUUAAACUGCCUUGCAUAUACUGUAAAGUGCUGGGUGAGCCCUAAAGUUCUGAAAAUGUAAACAUAGUCAAAUGCAUGUGGUGUGUCCAUUUUUCUGUACAUAAAAUGUUGGUAGGAUUGGAGGAAAGGCCACUUUUGCUCCGAUACCCAUGAUGUGCAUUCCUGCUUUCUUAAAGGACGUAGAGCAAAGUGUAGCAGCAGGGAAACCCAGCUUCUCCCAUCUUUCUUCACCAAAACAUGCUAGCAUUUCCUGGCCUUUAAACUCGUCUGACCGAUGAAUAUGACACCAUUGUACAUUUAGAAACAAUAGCACAGAUCAGAUUUAUUAGAAGACUCAGUUUUAUAAAUCUUACUCUUAAUUUCCAGCAGGAAAUUAGGUUUUAAACAUUCAAAUGAAUGAAAAGAAGUCACAGCUCUGUAUGAGAUCGAUCACCUCUUCAGAUAUUGUUUGGAGGACUGGACAGACAGAAAUUCCCAGAAGUCUGAAUUAAAGAAAUUAAUAAAAUUCAAAAAUGUCCAGCCAUAGCUUUUCGAUUGGUCCGUCGUUAAGACCUGCUAAACAUGAGAUUCUUAAUGUGCCCUCUCUAUUUAUUAGAGAUUUCAGAUCUUCUAAUAGAAGGAUUGAAAAGGAGUUUUGGAAGCAAGGCAUAUUUUAUUUUCAUUCUCUGUAAUGAGAUGGGGAAAGUGCCAACUCACCUGCAGUCCUUAGCACAAAAAGAAAACUUUCUAAGAUACAUGUCCCAUGUCUCUCAGGAGCGACAAAUUGUCCUUCUCUUUUCUAAACAGUUUACCAAAUAUCCUUUAAAUGGAAAUUGUACCUAAUAAUACAUAUGUGCAUUUUUUACAGUAUUACAGGAAUAUGUGUUGGUCGAUCAUAUAUAUCAUAAGAUUUGGGUGAAAUUAUGUUUAUAUGAUUUUUGAUUGAAUCGAAUUUGUAUUGUGCCUUACUGUAUGUGUGAAUGCUUGGGUUAACCACUGAGGACAAAACAGGAAAAAUACCAAUCAAGUGUUUUGUAUUUCAAAAUAUA